AUGGAAUUAAAUUGGAGGGAAGAUUUUGAACAAAUAGAAAUAACAAUAAAUAAAGAAAAGGACGAAGGAAAAAAAGUAUUUUAUAAUUUUCUUAAUUCUGGUGAUUUUUUUUUUGUUGAGAAUUAUGAUUAUUUUGAAUUAUGUAAUACCCAAGACAUAUUAAUAACAGAAGCUUAUAUUAAAAUAGUUGAUAAAAAUGAUGCUAUAAAUAUAGAUUUAUAUGAUAGGAUAAGUAUAAAAAAGGGUGAUAUAAAAAUACGGAAGAACAAAAAAAUAUUAAUUUUAAAUUUAAAAAAAAAAGAAAAGAAAUUGUGGGGUUAUUUACAUUUUUUCUCUAUAUUUGUUAUUUAUAAAAACGAAGUAUGUCCAAAUUUAUUAAAAUGUUCAAAGGAAGAAAAAAAUAAUAUCAUGUCAAAAGAACAUAUAUUUAAAGCUUUUAUGAAUAAAAGAAGGAUGGAUAGUUUAGAACAUUUGAAAAAAAUGAUGAAAAAAGAGAAAAGUUUGAAUAAAGAAUUUUUAAAGAAGUUAGAAGAUGAAGCACAAAAAAUUCAAUGUAAAUUGGAAGAGGUAAAACAUGAACAAUUUAAAAUUCAAAAGGAGAAUAUUAAAAAGAGGGCUAUCGAUUUUAUAUAUGAUGAUAAAACAGAAGGUUGGAAGGAUGAAAAUGAUAUAUCUAAUAAUAAGGAUGAUAUAUACAAUAAAAAUCACAUACCCAUAGAUAAUAAUAAUAAUAAUAAUAAUAGUAAUUAUAAUCAAGAGUGUGAAAAUAAUUUACAUAAUAAUAAUGAAAGUGAUAUAAAUAAAAAUAAGUUAAUAUUUUAUAAGAAUAAUAUAAAAAAUGAAAAACCAGUUAUUGGAAAUAAUCAUAAUGAAAAGAAAGUUAUAGAAUUGAAAUUUACACAAUUAAAAAAAAACGAACUUCCUGCAAGAGAAUCUAGGAAUUUAAAAAAAUCCUUAUCUAAUUAUUCAUCGACGAAAAACUUUUUUUUAAUUAUACUAAUUGAAAAGGCAAAAAAAAUGUUUUUUAGAAAUUUGGAUUUUAAAAGUUCAUUAGAAGUAUUAAAAUCGAUAACGGAAUGUAUUUCGAAGGGAAACAAAUUAAUAAAAGAGGAGCAUAUUAAAGUAUCAGCUAACAUUUCCUUAUUAUAUCUAUUAACAAACAACCUAGAUAAAUGUAUUGAAGAAUGUGACAAAUGUAUAGACCUAAUAAAUGAAGAAAUUAAAACAUAUAAUGUUGAAAAUAAAAAUUGUGAAUUUAUGCAUAAAGAAGAAAAUAUAUUAAAAAUUUUUAAUUCAUUAGAAGAAAUAAAAUCUCAAAAUUAUAUCAAAUAUCUUUAUAUUAUAUAUGUAAUGGUUAUAUUAAGAAAAAUAUAUGCUAGUAUUAAGAAGAAGGGAAAAUGGAUUGAUGUUGAAAGCCUUUUUAUUUCUAUUCAGAAUAUUCAAGACCAUUUACCAUCUCCUAUUUAUAAAAGUAUAAAACUGGAAAUGAAUAAUAUUAAAUUUUUUGAAGUAAUAAAGGAUUUUCUUCUUCAUAAAAAUGUUUUAAACAUCAAAGAUAUAAAAAAUAAUUUAUACACCUUAAAUUUGGAGAUAUCAAAGAAUAAAGAUAUUGAUGAUAGUUUCCCCCUUAACAUAUAUAUAACAUUGAAAAGAUCAUAUUAUUUAAAAAAUUUAAAUUUAUUUUAUAAAAAUGUUAUAAACAUAUUUUUGUGCUUAUAUAAUAUUUUAUAUAGACAAAAUAAAAUAUAUAGUUUUUUAAAUAAUAUAGAAUCUUUGAAUUUAUCCAAAUUUUUAUUGGAUAUAUAUAUCUUACUUAUGUUGUUAAAAAAUGAAAGUGUCUUUUACGAAAAAAUUAUAGAAAUAGAAAAAUGUAAAAAUUAUAUUGAAAAUAUAAAUAUUACCAAUGAAAUAUUAAAAAUAUUAUUAAGUUAUAUAAGUGACGAUUCACAAAAUGAAUUCAAUUUUAUAGUACAAAAUAUUCAUUUUUUAAAACGUCUUAUAUAUAAUACUAAUAUUAAUGAGAAUGAUAAAAAUGUAAAUAAGAAAAUAUUAGAUAUUUCAGAAAAAACAAAAUAUUUAAAUAUAAUUAAUUUAUCCUUUUCAGAUAUGUUAUUAAAAUAUAUGGAUGUAUUAAGAAAACAGAAAAAAAAUGGAAUUCAAAAAGAAAUAUUUGCAAAAGAUAUUAUUUGCUCAGAACAAAAUAUAGUACUUAAUGAUAUGAGUAUAGAAUUCUUUUCAAAUAAUGAGUACUAUAAAAAUAUAAAAGAAAAUUGUGAACUUUUAAAAUUAAAAAUUACUUUCCAAAUAAUAAAGACAAUGAUUUAUGUUUUUAAUUUAAUACAAAAGAUUUAUAAGAAUAAAGAUAAGGAAAAAAUAUAUUUAAGAAAUAUGAUAAGUAUUUUGUUAUUAGAUCUUUCAUAUUCAAUUAGUAAUUUAAAUGAUACCUCUUAUAUAUUAAAUUAUGAAAAUUUAAUAAUUUCCCAUUUAUUUUUAUAUUUCUGUUUUUCAUUUCUAUAUAACUUUAAAUAUAAUGAAUUUAUUAUUGAUAUAUAUAAGAAAUCACAUGAUUCACAAACUUCUAACAAUUUUAUGUCUAUAGAAAAUAUUAAAAACGAAAUAACAAAGAAAAAAAAAAAAUCCAUAAUUAAGGAUAUGUUGAAUCAAGAUAUUCUUUUGAAUAAUUUUUAUGCUGAUUAUAAAAAUUAUAUGCAAAAGAAAAAAAUGGAGAAACAAAUGAGUAGUCACCAUUCUAUGUUAAGAGAUAACUAUAUCAAUUUAAUGAUAGGCAAGAUAUGUUAUUUAAUUAAGAAAAUAAAAAAUAUAAAACAUAAUAAUAAGAAGAUGCAUAUAUGUAAUAAUAAUAAUAUUAGUAAUAGUGUAAUGCUUUUUGUUCUUAUUAAGAAUAUAUAUUCAAAUGAUAUUUCUUUUAACAGCCCUUAUUUUUUAAAGGAUAAAAUUUAUUAUAUAUUAUGUAUUCAAUACAACUUGAUAUUAUUAAAUAAAAAUUAUAAGUCCUCAGAAAUUAUUAAUUUUAGCUAUGUAACGUUAAUAAAACAAAAUUUUAACCAUUCUUUAUUUCUUAACAGUGAUAUACAAAAUAUGUCACACUUAUGUUUUACAACUGAUAAUAUGACUAUAAUAAAUAAUGAAUACAUGAACAAAUAUUUUAAUUAUUUUACUAAUGAUACAAUCAUAUUUAAUAAUAUUGAAAGAAAUGACUUUUUAAAACAUGUGUCAAAUAACAAUGUUGAAAAGUUGUUGUACCCAUAUAUUCAAUGUGUUGUAUGGAAACAUAAAAAGAUAAAAAUAUUUAGGAAUAUAAAUAUUUGUUUAUUAAAACUUAAGGCUAACCAAAAUAUUUUGAUAAAAUUUCGUAAUAUGAUAAUAAAGUAUAUGGAAAAUCUCUUAAUCGAUUUUCACAUUUUAUACUUUGUUUUACAUUUGAAGAAGCUAAAUUUCUGUUUUUAUUUUUUUGAUCAUAAUAGUGGUAUACCAACAGACCUUGAUCAAAUCCUCUUACCUGUUAAAGAAUUGAAUAAAAUAUUUUUUAAGAACAAAUUGGAAUAUCAAAAUAUUGUUAAAUAUUAUUUCAAUAAGUUCUUAAAAAUUAAAAUAGAGUUAUUAAGUAAUUUAUGUGGUUCAAUGUUAUAUAUAAAUUAA